AUGGAUAUAUUCAUUGGACGUACCCUGGUUAACAAGGAUGGAGAAAAGGUGGAUCCUGAGGUGGCUUUACAAAAUAAAAUAGUUGGAUUAUAUUUCUCAGCUGCUUGGUGUUCUUCCUGCAAGGACUUUACCCCGGUAUUGUGUGACUUUUACACUGAGCUGGUGGAAGAAGCAGACCAGCCGACACAGUUUGAAAUUGUAUUUAUCUCCUCGGAUAGAAGUGCAGAAGACAUGGUGGAUUACAUGCAUGAAAUGCAUGGGGACUGGCUGGCUUUACCCUGGCACGACCCAUACAAACAUGAGCUGAAAAACAAGUACAAGAUUACAGCGUUACCAAAACUUGUCAUUGUCAAACAAAACGGAGAGGUAAUUACAGACAAAGGGAGAAAACAGAUAAGAGACAGAGGGCUUGCCUGCAUCCGGACAUGGCUUGAAGUUGGAGAUAUCUUUCAGAACUUCACCGGCAAAUAA